GUUGUGCUGCGAAGUGAGCGGACAAAUAGGGAUUCUAAAGGAUGACAUGUCACGUGUCACCAGCGACUCGACCAAUGGAAAUGCCCGAGGACCCGGAAACGGGAAAAAAACAGAGGGAAGGGCGGAGCUGCCUGUCACGUGAGGCCAAGGUAGACAAAGCGGGCCCUCCCCCUAGUCUCCCGGGUUCACGCGCGCACCACGGCAGCCCAGGAAAGGAAGGCGGGGCUCGCCCGAAACACCCAGGGAAGCGAGAGUGGGCGGGCUCGCUCCCAGAUGCGGGAGGCGGGGCUUGCCCAGCCGGGCCAAUGAGGACACGAGGCGCUGGGCGAUUGUUAGGCGCAUGGCGGACGCGGCACUGUUCGAGUUUCUGCACACGGAGAUGGUAGCGGAGCUGUGGGCACAAGAUCCAGACCCCGGUCCCGGGGGACAGAAGAUGAGCCUGUCGGUCCUGGAGGGCAUGGGCUUCCGUGUGGGUCAGGCCCUGGGUGAGAGGUUGCCCCGGGAGACGCUAGCCUUCAGGGAGGAACUGGAUGUCCUCAAGUUCCUGUGCAAAGACCUGUGGGUGGCCGUGUUCCAAAAGCAGAUGGACAGCCUCCGCACCAAUCACCAGGGCCCCUCCUCUGUCCACAGGGGACCUACGUCCUGCAAGACAACAGCUUCCCCCUCCUCGUCCGGAUGGCCUCGGGUCCGCAGUACCUGGAGGAAGCGCCCAAGUUCCUGGCGUUCACCUGUGGCCUCCUACGUGGCACCCUCGGCACCCUUGGCAUCAAGAGCCUGGUCACCGCCUCUGUGGCAGCCCUGCCCACUUGUAAGUUCCAGGUGGUGAUCCAGAAAUCCUGAGGGAGCCGCAGGCCCCACCCCCAGCUGAGCCUCACGCCGCCCCAGCCCGGGGACCCAGCCGCCUCCUGCGGUAGAGGCUGGUGCUGGGGAGACGGGGUCCCGCCGCUUCAGGGCGUCACGAGUGCUCAACACGUGUGUGUCAUAGGGAGGUGAGGGUGUGCUGGGCGCAAGGUGGUCCCCGCCGCAGUUGGGGCUGGUGUGGAGGGAGCCCGCAUCGGACACGUCCCUCCACGUGGCACGUGUUCAAUAAAGGUUCUGUAUGUGGAA